AAGACUCCUGCCAGUUUCUGAGUUCCUUGUUUUUGGCUCUUGCUUCGCUAAAUUUCACUAGCAUCGUGCAAAUACUCACUAUUGGGAGUUUCUUAGAAGACAAAGAGUUUAUGCGAAAUUCUAGAAGCUCUUUCCGUUUUGAUUCAUUCAUUUAUUCAUAGUAGUCGUCAUUUUCUACUUGUACUUCUUUUUCAUUCAUAUACUUCUUUUUCAUUCAUAUUGGUCUUCUUAACAAGGUACAACUACUUUUUCGACUAGUGCACCAAGAAGAUGCCACCCCGUGAGCGUGGUAGUAGUCGCGCCCGCGAUAGCGGUGCGUCGAACAAAAAAGCGAAAAGUGAUGACGUUGCGGAGCCGGGAGAGGUGCCCAUCGUAGGUGGUUUUUUCCUCCCUAAGCGGCAAGGAAUGCGGGCUCUCGCUAUGCUUGCAGUUUUCGUGCUUGCGACGUUUGGGGGCAAAGCUAGUGGCGUAGACCUGGACACAUUAGCAACCUGGAAAUGGCCUUUCCACGUCUUCUGCUUCGCGAGCUGGUAAAAAAUACACAGAACUUGCUCCUCUUGACGAGUUUGUAGAACAAAAACGUCCGGAUUUCAAUAACAAGAACAUCAAGUUGUAGCAGUACUGAAUUUCUUCGCACGAGCAGUAGAAAGAAGAGACGUUUCUUGCACUAGCAAGAACGUCCUAUGCAAGAAACGUCCUCAGUUUCAAGUAAGCGCAUCAUCAAAUGAAUGUUGCUAUUCUAGAUUCUCAUCCUCCUUUUUCGAUCGCAGGUUUGGCUGCUCAAUGUGGGUGUCCUUUGUGGCUGGUCUAGUUAUGUUCAACAACCUACCACGGCACGUCUUCGGCCGUCUCCAGGCGAAACUUUUCCCUCGAUACUUCCAGUUUUCAGUCAUUUUUGUUUCAUGCGCACUCCUGCCACAUUUAGUUCCCGGAUCGGUGCUCGAAAGAACUGCUCUCGCGAAGACAGUCGCACUACCCCAGAACCAGCAAUUCAAUCUCGCGGCAAUCAUCGGGAUUCUUCUUCUGAACAUAUGGCGCAAAGCUAGCUGUGGACUUUCUGAUUUAUAUCUGAAAUCAUUUGGCUGAAAAAUUCGUAUAUCCUGAGGCACUCUUCCUUCUUUCGUACUAGCUAUCUCUAUGUAAACUACUACUAAAUUCGCUCCAAUAGUCUAGAAAAUAUCUUCCUCUCUUUCGUUUCUCUCUACCUCUUUGUCGUCCAGAGACCUGUUUGUGUUUUCAUCGUGGUUGUUGUAUUUCGAGCCGAGGACAACGGCUGUGAUGUUCGAGAGACACAAGGUGGAGGUGAAGCUUGGAACCGGGCACGAAAUUGGGCAGCUUAAGCCAAGCGAUCCUGCCAAAGCCAACGACCCAGAACUGGUUGCCCUCUCCAAGCGCUUUGGAAAACUUCAUGGAAUCAGUACGUCCCUCAACUUAAGGGUCAAUACUGUACAAUACAUGUUCCUACGUUUGUCUUUCUAAUUUUCACUUCACUUCUUAUUUCUGUCUUUGUUUCUUCCUAGAUAGGUCUCUCUACUACAGGUACAACUAUCCAUACUUACUCCUAGUCGCGAAGCGAGUAUCAAUAAGUUUUAGCUUUUCAUUUUCCGGCUGGUCGUUUCUUCUUCUACCGUUCGCGUUGAUCUCUCUCCACGGUCUUGCUGCUCUUGAAAACCGAAGCGAACCUAUUGACUUGAACGCUGUGACUUUAGGGCGAUCAUCAUCGAGGUGGAACAAGCAACCAGUCCCACAUCAACGCGCUGUUUGCUUCGGCUUUUUUGUUUCCUUGUGGUGCUCAGUGCGAGCUGUUCCUACCGGUUCACUGCGCAAGUUUGUUGCCUUCUUCGUUGUUUGUGGACCCCCUUGGGGGUCCCGGUUUUCUUCUUGCGUUGGCCUACCAGGAGCUUCUUUAAGCGCCACAACACCACUAGAAAAGUACCCAUUUCCAUCGCAAGAAUAUCAUUAGGUUAAACCAUAGCAAGCCACCGCCAUUAGUCACAGGAUUGCGAUGCUGUUUACAAGUUGAAACUUUUAUUUUUAUGACUUGAAAAGUAUGAGACCCGUUAUGCUUACUUCUCUUGGGUCUUUUCCUCUCUUGACUAUCUAGAUCCUUCAUCUGCUUACUUCGUUCCUCUUCUUCUUCAUCCGCCAGAACACUCGGGGUUUGUAGUCCUCUGGCUGCUGCUGCUCGUGGUUGUCAAUCUAGUGGGAGCUUUUUAAACGGCGCGGCUUAUUCUUUUCGAAGUUGUUGAUUUUUGACUUAUUGCGUCAUUCUUCUUGAACGUGGGGAAGCCACCUCGGGGGCGUGGCUUUUGAAGUUGAAGAAGUUGGUACUUUAUUUUUGGCAAUUCCCAUUUUCUCACCUUAGAGGUCUAAAUCGUCGCCGUCCUCGAUGCUCCCCGCUACGAUGUUCUUGCUCUUCUCUUCCUCCGUCUUCUUUUCCGCUAAGAGUGACUCCUGCUUGCGAAGUUUGCGACGCUUGUUGACUGACGACUUGCCGCUGUCUUUAUCGCCAUGUUCACCAUCUACUUCUUCGUGCUCUUCGUUCUUCUUCUCCUUUUUGGUCUUGCAUUGCGACAUUGUUCAUGUUCUCCACAUGGAGGACGAUUCUUGACUCUUGUUUCUACUUGCUUAGAAUGGGUGUAUGAUGUAUAGAAUACUUCAACCGGUUAAAUAAACUAAAACUUUCAUUUUGUUCCUACAUCAACCCGGACCAUUAAGACAGCUUCGAACCAAUCCCCACUAUUUAUGAAGGAAAAUAUGCGGCAAGAAUGCUGUUGCCAAUGAGAAUGGAAUGCCGUAAAAUCGUAACCUCUAAUCAAUCUCAUCGCAUUGUGUCUCGGUGUGUGGCAUGCAGUGUGGAUCGGAAGUCAGGUUUCAAGCUGAGGAGGAGUGGUGGGAGACACGACAUCAUUUCAGCAGUCUUCUAUUGAUUUCUUGAGCAACUUCUAUGAUGCACUGACAAUCUACCCUGUCUGUAACUUUUUCUACUUAAUCAAUUGUCGGACAGAACGGGUACCUAAUUAUAUUUUUGGAAAUUACCUCCAACUUCUAUGAUCUUCUUAGUUUCACCUCGCUCUAAUCGAGUGAGACAAACGGAGAAAAGAAUCGCACGUGGCGUUUUACGCUUUCAAGAUUUCUUACGAACGUGAGACGGUUUGCCUUGAUGUUGCAUGUAGAGAGUGGUAACUGGCGAUAAUGAUGCCGGGACUGAAAAA